CGGGGACCAAAUCCGAGCGGCGGGUGCGCCAUCUGCCGGCAACUCUGCCGCGGCCCGACCUCUGACUUGCUUCUGUACCUCGGGUAGCGCCAGGGGCCUUUCCACGCCCAGAGCGAGAAGCAGGGCCGCAGCCCAGGGCACGCAGCUCGCGAGGCGGCCGGGCCGGCAAAGCGCCAUUUUCCCGCUCCCUCGGUCCUUCUCAGCCUGUCGUGUGCUCUGCGCGUGGUCGCUCCGCCCCCGCCUUCCCUCCCGGGCCGGGGCCCUCUCCUCCCCUGGUUAGCCAAGGCCUCGCGGCUGCAGCUCCACCACCCCUGAGCCGCCCGCCGGCCCCCGCAGCUCCGCGUUCCCGGCGCGCGCGCCCCCGCCUCGGCUCCGGGCCGCUGCGUCUGCCCUCAGUAAACAUGGCGGCGCGCGCAGGGGGCGGGGCCGCGCGGGCCGGGGGCUGGGGCGCUGCGGGCCCGGCGGUCCGGCGGCGGCACCACGUGCGUGGAGACGCGGCAGAAAAAGUGAGCGAUGGUGACCCCAGGAAGAACGAAGGGAUCGUCCUAGUCCUGGCUGACUCGGAGGAGGGUCAGAGUUCAGGUUUAGACUGCAUGGAGCCGUUGCUUGCCAGCUAUGCAACAUCUGCGCGAGAACACGGUGUGGGAGCGGCAGAAGAGAGCCAGGCUGGUUUUACUCAACGUCCUGACUGAGCCAGUCUCAGCCUCUGCCCAGCUCCAGACACCCCAGCCCCUUCAGGCAGCUCUGCACAGAACAGGGAUCACUUCUCCAGCUCACCUGGCAGUGUCACUCGGCGGAGGAGGAAGGUGUGAGCCCGUGGCUGGGAGCCGGGUUGUGGCCACUGCCCAGCGGAGCAGCAGCCGAGAGUCCAUGAGCAGCCCCUGGCCACAGGUCCUGGACACGGUGUGGACAUGAGCGUGGCUGCGAGCACCUCCGCUCCCCUGCCCCCAGCCUCAGGUGUAGACCCUGCCACUCCCACCUUCUCCAUAGUGGAUUACGCCGUCUUCGUCCUGCUGCUGGUCCUCUCCCUUGUCAUCGGGCUCUACCACGCCUGUCGUGGCUGGGGCCGGCACACCGUCGGACAGCUGCUGUUGGCGGACCGCACGAUGAGCUGCCUCCCCGUGUCACUGUCCCUGCUGGCCACCUUCCAGUCGGCCGUGGCCAUCCUGGGCGUGCCGGCCGAGAUCUACCGAUUUGGGACCCAAUACUGGUUCCUGGGCUGCUGCUACUUCCUGGGGCUGCUGAUCCCUGCACACAUCUUCAUCCCCAUCUUCUACCGCCUGCGGCUCACCAGUGCCUACGAGUACCUGGAGCUCCGAUUCAAUAAAGCUGUGCGAAUUUGUGGAACAGUGACGUUCAUCUUUCAGAUGGUGAUCUACAUGGGGGUUGUGCUCUAUGCACCAUCCCUUGCCCUUAAUGCAGUGACUGGCUUUGAUCUGUGGCUGUCGGUGCUGGCACUCGGCAUGGUGUGUGCUGUCUAUACUGCUCUGGGCGGGCUGAAGGCAGUCAUCUGGACAGAUGUGUUCCAGACGCUCGUCAUGUUCCUAGGGCAGCUGGCGGUUAUCAUCGUGGGGGCAGCCAAGGUGGGCGGCUUGGGGCAUGUGUGGGAUGUGGCUUCUCAGCACGGCCUCAUCUCUGGGAUUGAGCUGGAUCCGGACCCCUUCGUGCGGCACACCUUCUGGACCCUGGCCUUUGGCGGUGUCUUCAUGAUGCUCUCCUUGUACGGGGUGAACCAGGCUCAGGUGCAGCGUUACCUCAGCUCUCGCUCGGAGACGGCUGCUGUGCUCUCCUGCUAUGCCGUGUUCCCCUGCCAGCAGGUGGCCCUCGGCAUGGGCUGCCUCAUCGGCCUGGUCAUGUUUGCCUAUUACCAGGAGUACCCCAUGAGCCCGCAGCAGAGCCAAGCAGCCCCUGACCAGUUCGUCCUGUACUUCGUGAUGGAUCUCCUGAAGGUCCUGCCGGGCCUGCCGGGGCUCUUUGUGGCCUGCCUCUUCAGUGGCUCCCUCAGCACCAUAUCCUCUGCUUUUAACUCACUGGCAACAGUUACGAUGGAAGACCUGAUUCGACCAUGGUUCCCCGAUUUCUCUGAGGCCCGGGCCACCCUGCUUUCCAAAGUCCUCGCCUUUGGCUAUGGGCUGCUUUGUAUAGGGAUGGCCUUUCUUUCCUCCCAGAUGGGACCGGUGCUGCAGGCAGCAAUCAGCAUCUUUGGCAUGGUCGGGGGGCCGUUGCUUGGACUCUUCUGCCUUGGGAUGUUCUUUCCUUGUGCCAACCCUCCCGGUGCCAUCGUGGGCCUCUUGGCCGGACUGGUCAUGGCCUUCUGGAUCGGCAUCGGGAGCAUAGUGACCAGCAUGGGCUCCAGCUCGGCGUCCACUGCCUUUAACGGGUCCAGCUUCUCCCUGCCCAGCAACCUGACUGCUGUUCCCAUGACCACGCUGAUGCCCCCUACUGCCCUCUCCAGGCCCUCAGGGCUGCAGCGGUUCUAUUCCCUGUCCUAUUUAUGGUACAGCGCUCACAACUCCACCACAGUCAUUGUGGUGGGCCUGAUCGUCAGUCUGCUCACUGGGGGAAUGCGGGGCCGGACCCUGAACCCUCGGACCAUUUUCCCAGUGUGGUCCAAAAUCCUUGCCCUCUGGUCUUUGUCUUGCCAGAAGCAACUUCCCUGCAAAGGCUGUAGCCAGGACCUCCUCACAGACACCAGCAUGUUUCCGGAGAAGAUCAGUAACGGCAUCGUGAGGGGCAGCAGCUACAAGGAGGCUGCAGCUGUGUCUGAGGCAGGCCAAAGUCCCACCUUCAUUCUCCAGGAGACCUCACUGUGACCCGGACCCAGGCCCCAGGCCGCUGCCCACACUGUGCAAGAGACCACCCUGUAGGACAGGAAUGAUGCACUCCAUAUGGUCCACAGGGAUGGGGAGAGCCCUGGAGGACCGAGCCCAUCCCAGCUGGCCUUGUUCUCAGAGGGCCAGUCGUGCAGUAGAAACUUCAGCAUCGCUGGGGUUUGAGGAUAGGGCACUAUUUUUCGCCUUGGCCUCACCAGUCUGUUCUCUAGCAGACCGGGCUUGCAGGGGGCAGGAGUGUGCCAGAAAUGGGGAUGGAAGCAAAUCCUCUGGGAGAAGGACAGUGGCCUCUAAUGCAACAUUGGCAAGUUCCACCAAAGUGAAUAGAAAUAAGCAUUUGUGGUUGUAACUGUUCUUGGGCCCGAUUUGGCAAGAUCGACCAUCUCCACCAUAACACUUGAAGCUGUCUUGACCUGUCGCGUCCCUUGCAGUCCCAUGUGAGCACAGACACUGUCAACCACAAUAGACUGCCCUGUGACUGUCAGGCUGUCUGUGGCACCCGAGUCCCUCUCGUCCUUACAGCCUACCUCUGUUCCUGAGGGGAAGACUUUGGUGCCCCUGAGAGGCCUCUCAGAACUGACAGGUGUGUUUGUUUGCUUUACAUAGAGUAGGGAGUUUUCCACAUCGCUGCCCUCACCCUCCACCUCUGCACGUGGCACUUGGGGUGUGCAAAUGUGGAUCCAAGGAAACCAGUGCCGUGUGCUGUGACUGGGUCCACUGUGGAACAGCCACCCCUGACUCCUGAGCCAUGGCACCUUAGUGUCAUUGUCACCUGUGUUUCUGUUUCCCUGUGGAGCUUCUACCCUGUUCCUGUCUGUUCCUGGGCAAUAAAAGCUGCCAUUGGAUCUGAAAUCUG